AUGAAAUCGCCGUGGAUCCUCGGUGGGUCCGCCGUGGGUCACACUCCAUCCACCUGUGUUACCUCAUUUUUGUCAGCCUAAUUGAUUUUCCUAGGUUUACAAAGCUGGAGAAUGGUAUCGUUUAACAGUCGAACUCGAAUUCACGCGAAACUACGGCUUCUACAUUCUCCAAUUAUACGUCCCUACAUACAUCAGCCUCUUUAUUUCCUGGAUUGCAUUUUGUAUUGAUACAAAAGCCCUACCAGCUCGAAUUGUUCUUGGAGUCAACUCAUUAAUGUCAUUAACAUUCCAAUUCGGUAAUAUAAUUCGAUCACUUCCACCAGUUUCAUAUGUCAAAGCGAUUGAUUUAUGGAUGUGCACAUGUGUUGGUUUCAUUUUUGCCUCAUUAUUAGAGCUCGCUUUUGUUGCUUAUCAGGUAACAAAAAUGGGAUGGGUUGUUUACAUUCAUAAUUUGUCAGCAACUAUGUAUUUGAACUUUGAACUCUACUUGAUUUUGAUCAGGAAUUGAAAUGUUCACAAUUCCGGUUAAAUUAUGAAUGUAAAAACUGGCGCGAAAAUUUGAAUUUUUAAAAGUUUCUUUGAAAAGCGGCGUCGCGGUCGGGAAGCAAAGGGGAAAAUUGAUCAUUGACCGCGACGCAUAGCCGCACGCGACUGAUGAAGUAAUGUUUUUCAUUAACUGAUUUGUACGCCAUCCACAUUUUCAACUUCGCCAAUAACGUCUAAAAUUAUGACUGUAAAAUGAGCCCGCGAAAAUUUGAAAUUUUCAGGACAAAAAACUCUCCCUAAAAUCCGGCAAAUCCAACGCAGCAAUCCGUGCAAUCGUAAACUUCAUGAAAUCCUACCAACCCUACCAAGAUCCAGAAAUAAUCGAAGAAGACCGCAAAACAUCUCAAAACACUUCUUGUUUUUCCGAUUCUCGAAGUGAUUUGAAAGGUUUGGACACUCAAGACUUGGAAGAAGAGAUUGCAGAAUAUUCGAAAAUCGCGUAUGCCAAGAAGAAAUUUCGAUUAAUGGAUUUUGGAUCGCGUGUUGAUCGCCUCUCUUUCAUUCUUUUUCCAUUGGUAAGCAACAAAAUCAAAUGAUGAUUGUGAUAUCAAAAAAACAAAUACUUUGAACUUUUUCAUUUCGGAGAAAUGCGUGGGGUAAAUAAUUUGCCUUUUAUCAGGUCAAAUCAUAAAUAGUUAAUUAUUCAUUAUCAUCAAAAAAUGAACGUGAGAAAUAUGAUUUAUGAAUUUUUAUCAGGUAGAAUUUAAGUCAGCCAUAGGUUCUCAGAGUCUUUUAAAAAUUACACGAUCAUUUGCAAAAAUUCCCGAAAAAAGCCGGCCCAAAACGAUAUUUUUUACAAAACACUCUAUGAUCAGAUGUUUUCUCAAAACAAUCCAAUUUCUAUGGAUUUCUAAGCCCUGGGACCUUCUAAAGCGUGAUCUACGUGAAAAAUUAGCCCAGAAUCUUAUUCGAACAUCCUUCUAGCUCAUUUUCGUUCUUGAGAUGGCUCGGCUGGUGAGAGGUUUGAAUAUGGAGUGAAGAGUCGCGGGUUUGAUCCCGGGGCAGAACGAUUUUUUUUGUUUUUGUAGUGUUUUUUCCAGAGUUUCGCAAUGUUCAAUGUUGUCUACUGGACUUAUUAUCUUCAAGACAUUCGAACUUCUGAUUCCUGGAUUCUUGCAUAA